CACAACGUCACCCCCUCUCGCACCAUGAACGCCCUCAUCAACACAGGACUCAGGCAUCGUAAUGCGGCCGUGAGGAAGACCGCUGCACAGCACCUGGAGAAACUGGCAGAGGUCAUGGGGGCGUCCCGCGUCCUGUCGGGCAAAAAGGACCUGACUGACCGCUUCGUCCGCUCCAUCAGCUGCCUGGCCCUCGACAGUGCACAGGAAGUCAGGACCCAUGCCCGUAACACCUUUGCAUUCCUGGCUUCCCAUCCUGACCUUCUCAAGAUGGUGGACAAGUUUGUCCCUCAGAGAGACCAAGCCACUAUCAAGGACGUAAUCAACAAAUGCCAAAAAAAGAAACAUUAAUUGAAGUGAACAUGUCGGGAUUCUAAGGCUAGGACCCACGCGCAAGACUCUUUCUUAUGGACUUACGCACA